AGGCAGGUCUCCUCACUCUUUCCUCUUCCUUUUCCAGCUCUCCCCAGUCCCCGCAGCUGCUCUGUAGCCAUGACCCUGGGACUCCUGUGGCUGGGGCUCACCCUGCUGGGGGUCUUGCAGGCCCAGACCCCGGACUCUGCUCCCAACCUGAUCCCCGCCCCAUCUCUACGCAAGGUCCCCCUGAAGCGCAACUUCCAGGAUGCCCAGUUCCAGGGGAAGUGGUACGUCGUAGGCCUGGCAGGGAACGCAGUACAGAAGAAACAAGGCGACUCGAAGAUGUACACCACCACCUACGAGCUGAAAGAAGACCGCAGCUACAACGUCACCUCCACCCUGCUCAGGGAUCAGGGCUGUGACUACUGGAUCAGAACUUUUGUCCCAAGUUUCCGGCCGGGCCAGUACACCCUGGGCAACAUUCGCAGUUACCCUAACCUACAGAGCUACAUCGUGCGUGUGACAGCUACCGACUACACCCAGUUCGCCAUGGUGUUCUUCAAGAAGACUUCCGCCAACAGGGAGUACUUCAAGACUACCCUGUAUGGGAGAACCAAAGAGCUGGGCUCUGAACUGAAGAAUCGCUUUGUCCGCUUCGCCAAGUCUCUGGGCCUCACUGAUGACCACAUCACCUUCCUUACCCCCAUUGACCAGUGCAUUGAUGACUGAGGUGCGGGAGCCAAAUUGGCUACUCCACGCCCCCCUCACCCCCGCCCCCAGCCAAGAAGCCAGUGACAGCUGGAAGACCUUAGGGUGCCCUGCUGACCACCCAGCUGCUCCCAAAGCCACCUGGCUGAUGGAGCCCACUCACUUGUCUGCUAAAUAAACACAUGCCCUAGCCCCCG